AAAAGAAAAGCACGUCCCAAGCAGUCCAGUGCAGCCACGCCCUCUGGAUGCCCGCGCGCCCUAUAAAUCCUCCCCGGCCUCAUCCUCUUCGGCAAGCUCACAGCACAAACGUUCCUCUCCUCCUCGUCCUCUCUGUUGCCCCUUUGCCUGCAGCAACCCUGUACUAGGCGCAGGCCACACAGCAAGCUAUACAGCAGCUGCAGGGCAGCACCGCUGCGCCAAGUUUUCCGCCAGCAAUGGUUUCUGCUGGAGGCCAUGGCGGUGGGUGCGGCGACGGCGACGACGGGCAGGCCGUGGACUUCCGCGGCAACCCGGUGGACAAGUCCCGGACGGGCAGGUGGCUCGGCGCCGGGCUCAUCCUGGGCACGGAGCUGGCGGAGCGCGUGUGCGUGAUGGGCAUCUCCAUGAACCUGGUGACGUACCUCGUCGGCGAGCUCCACCUGUCCAACUCCAAGUCCGCCAACGUCGUCACCAACUUCAUGGGCACCCUCAACCUCCUCGCCCUCGUCGGCGGCUUCCUCGCCGACGCCAAGCUCGGCCGCUACCUCACCAUCGCCAUCUCCGCCACCGUCGCCGCCACCGGCGUCAGCAUGCUGACAGUGGACACGACGGUGCCGAACAUGCGUCCGCCGGCGUGCGCGGACGCGCGGGGCCCGCGGGGGCACGAGUGCGUGCCGGCGACGGGCGGGCAGCUGGCGAUGCUGUACGCGGCGCUGUACACGAUCGCGGCCGGGGCGGGGGGCCUCAAGGCGAACGUGUCCGGGUUCGGGUCGGACCAGUUCGACGGACGGGACCCGCGGGAGGAGCGCGCCAUGGUCUUCUUCUUCAACCGCUUCUACUUCUGCAUCAGCCUGGGGUCGCUCUUCGCGGUCACCGUGCUGGUGUACGUGCAGGACAACGUGGGCCGGCCCUGGGGCUACGGCGUCUCCGCCGUCGCCAUGGUGCUCGCCGUCGCCGUCUUCGUCGCAGGCACGCCCAAGUACCGCUACCGCCGGCCGCAGGGGAGCCCGCUCACGGUGAUCGGGAGGGUGCUCGCCACCGCCUGGAGGAAGCGACGCCUGCCGCUCCCCGCCGACGCCGCCGAGCUCCACGGAUUCCACGCCGCCAAGGUCGCCCACACGGACAGGCUCAGGUGCCUUGACAAGGCGGCGAUCGUGGAGGUGGACCUGUCGGAGAAGCGGGCGCCGGCGCCGGCGGCGUCGACGGUGACGGAGGUGGAGGAGGUCAAGAUGGUGGUGAAGCUGCUGCCCAUCUGGUCCACGUGCAUUCUCUUCUGGACGGUCUACUCCCAGAUGACCACCUUCUCCGUCGAGCAGGCCACGCGCAUGGACCGCCGCCUCCGCCCGGGCGCCGCCGCGUCGUCGGGCGGGUUCGAAGUUCCGGCGGGCUCCUUUUCCGUGUUCCUCUUCAUCUCCAUCCUGCUCUUUACCUCCCUCAACGAGCGCGUCCUGGUGCCGCUCGCCGCCCGCGCCACGGGCCGCCCGCAGGGGCUCACCUCGCUGCAGCGGGUCGGGACCGGGCUCGUCCUCUCCGUCGCCGCCAUGGUCGUCUCCGCGCUCGUCGAGAAGAAGCGCCGCGACGCGUCCGUCGGGGACGGGCACGUCGCCAUCAGCGCCUUCUGGCUCGUGCCGCAGUUCUUCCUCGUCGGCGCCGGCGAGGCGUUCGCGUACGUCGGGCAGCUGGAGUUUUUCAUCCGGGAGGCGCCUGAGCGUAUGAAGUCCAUGAGCACGGGGCUCUUCCUCGUCACGCUGUCCAUGGGCUUCUUCCUCAGCAGCUUCCUCGUCUUCGCCGUCGACGCCGCCACGCGGGGCACGUGGAUCCGGAACAACCUCGACCGCGGGAAGCUGGACCGCUUCUACUGGAUGCUCGCCGUGCUCGGCGUCGCCAACUUCGCCGUCUUCCUCGUCUUCGCCAGGAGGCACCAGUACAAGCCCAGUGCCGUGCCGGCGGCCGUGGCGCCCGCCGCCGGCGGCGGGGCCGACAGCGCGGGCCGCGCCGUGUCCGGGGAGAAGGAGAUGGACGACUUCGUCGCGGUCAAGGAGGCCGUGGAAGGGAUGGACGUGUAGGGGGGGACGUAGGGCAUGCAUGUCAGGCUCAGAAUUGAGCGGUGUGUACGAGUGCUGCUGUAGUGUGCUUUUUUUCGCUUUUGGGGUAGUGUACGGCGAAUUUUUCUUUCGCCUUUUCAGUUUGCUGCUUCGGCCUGCUCUCCUGUAAAUAACAUAUAGGAGAUAUGAGAAUUGAGGCGAAGUUUUCUUUUUUUUCUCUUUUAUAAAGUUUGCACCAAGAAAAUGUUGAAAUGAGCUUUUCUGAGUAUAAAUGUUCUCUCUGUC